AUGAAUCAUAGAAGAAAUGCAGAAAUUGUGUGUGCUCCAUUGUUGUGUCACUUCAUUGGAAGAAUGCUUAAUGAAGCUGCAUUUGCAUCUCAUCCUUUACUUGUGAAUGAAAUGAUGCCAACAACCAUUCGCACCAUCAGUUGUACCACAAUGCAUUGGUAUCAUGAUUUGAGUGGUGGGAAAAUAUCACACCUUAUUCUUGCUGGUUUAUCGUUUGUAGCAGCCUUACUAGCCAUUACAUUACCUGAGAUCAAGGGUAAGCCUAUGCCAGAAGAUUUGGAUGUUUGA